AUGGCGAGUCAGGGCAACCCGUUCGCGGCCUUCACGUUUCAGGCCGCCGCGACGCCUCCCCGCGCGUCGCCACAGUCUUCUUCAUCAAGGGCUGGUGCCUUCUCGGCUUCGCCUGCUGCUUCUCGUGCUUCCUCUUCUUCUGCUCAUUUAUCCUCGCCGGCGCUCGGCCGCCCAGGUGCACAUACACCUGCGCGAGCCGCUCGGGUUGAGGGAAGUGAGACUCCGCAGCGUUGCUGUCCGCGGCCUGCGUCGCUCUACACUGCAGGAUCUCAGCCGCUGAGUCCGGGGACAUUGAACACUCACGGCGAAGAUUGCAGGACGUCUUUCGGCGAGACAGACUCCGCUGAACAAGCGGAGAGAGUCAAAAGGAGAAGGGUCGCCUCGCCAGCAGCCAACGAAUCGCAUUCCAGCGCGUGCGCGAGCGAGGAGUUGGCGAGCUCGUCGCCUUCCAGCCACUGCCGGCUGGAUGAUCCACAGACCGUCGAAAUCCUGUCGUCCUCCUCGCGGGCUGCCUCGCCGUCUCCCCCCGCGCCUUCGCUGCACUUGCGGCUGCCCCAAAGCGCGGCACGGUCUGCUUCGCCGGGCGACUCUUCACUUCACGUUGCUUCUGCGUCGUUCUCGUUUGAGGUGUCUUCGUCUCGCUCGUCCGCUUCUGGUUCAAUUUUGUCGCCUGCUGCCGCUUCUGCCUCUUCUUCUCGGGAAGGCCCUGAGGCACUUACCUCGUGCGGAGGCGCCCUCUUGCCGCGGCGCGCAGAGUCUGGCAGCGAAGAAGCUGGUCGUAGCGGAGAAGGCGGAGACGAGAGACUUGUCGAAGGCAACAAGUCCGCGGCGGACACCCAGACACGCCGCCGCGCAGACGCACAAGCCCCGGGAGAGGGAGAAGAUCACGCAUCGCCGAACGCACGCCAAAAGGUCGGAGUCGCAGACUCGCCGAAUCCUCCAGGGAGCGCGCAGUCGCCCGCGGGAGGGCCUGGCGCCACGUGGGGAACGUCGCCAGCAUCGGUUGGCGCCAAGGCGCCUAAAUCCUCGCCUCAAGAGCGGCAUUUUCUGGGGCCGUUGAAGGCCAAGUCCCGCAGAAAGCCUCUCACCCAGAAGUCGUCCUCCAGCCUCCCUUCCGGCUCGCCCAACGCGCCAGCGUUCUCUGCCUCGAAGUCUUCACCGGCGCCAGAUGCUUCCUCAACCGGGGUCGCACCGUCGCCCGCGUCAGUGGCGUCUGGCGGGUCGGGUGUGCGUCCAUCCGGCGGACCAUCUCAAGGGCAGUGCGGGCGCAGAAAAAAGCAAACACGGCGCGCUCCGGCUGACGCGGGCACCGACCCUCCUCCUCAGCGUGUGUCACCAGCCUCUUUUUCGCUAGCGGACUGGAUAGAAGGUCUCCCGCGCGCGCCGCAAUUCGUCUCUUCGUCCGAGCUGCUGCAGUCUCCGAACGAAGCCGCGGCACCUCCAGGCUGGAGGCGCGUCUUGGGGUCGCUCAUUCUGCUGCGACAGCAGCACGGCUACGAAGCGCAGGUCGAUGAAUUCUACCAGUACCUCGUUCGGCUCAAUCGCUUCAAAGAGCCGAAAUUCCUCGCGGUUGUGGCAGGCAUUUUGAGCAUCCGCUGUCGAGAUCCCGUCGCCCUGCGCGCGAUGGAGACCUUCAUCAAGGCAGCUACACGUCACGCGAUCUCCUUCGCGAUGCGGAAAUCGAACGCGUCGCCUUCCUCCCUCGCGGCCCCGCCUCCCGCUCCUCUCUCUUCUGCGGACGCCUCGUUAGAUGCAUCGGCCGCGGUCUCCUUGCCUUUCUCAGCGGCUGAGGCGCGCCGGGCGGCGGCCGCGGCGCCCUCCGGAGCGACGCCGGAGGACACUCCCGAGGAGGCAGAGUUGAGAAAAAAAUUCGAAGAAGAAGGCCCCACGUGCACAGUCGUGCAGCAUAUGGCGCAGGCGGAGAUCGAGGCGAGUAUCUCCUGCGUGAACUUCAAGGCUUCGAAGGCAGAGAGAAUUCUUCUGCUGGCGCAGACGCUCGUGAGGACUUUCCGCAGCCGCGUGCCCUCCACGUACGAAGAGCUGCUCAAACUGCCUGGCGUCGGGCCUACGAUGGCAAACCUCCUCCUCACGCUGCACUACGGGCGCAACGAGGCGCCGCGCCCGCAGACGCUCUCCGCGCGGUUUCUGCGUGACAAGAAGCCGCUGUCCUUCAUUCCGCUGGACGAUGAAGGCCUUCUGGCGCUCCACAUUGACCUGCCUGAGGCGUUUGCCGCCUCAAGCGCCUCUCAGGCGGAGCCGUGCGGGCUCCAGGCGGCGCGAGCCGACGGGCGACGGACAGGCGGGCAGAAAAAGGAAGACACUGGCGGCGACCUGGGGACGACAUUGGUGCGAGGCGAGGCGAGCGGGGGAGAGCAGCGCGAGGGAAGCGCAGCAGUGGGCGCCGGCACGAAGCGCGAGGAGAAAGUCGAAGAGGCGGAGGGCGAGGAGGCGCCGGCUCCAGAGGAGACGCGCGGCCGCUCCUCGGGGGGGCUGCGGGCGGCGCCGGUGCUCGGCGCGGAGACAGAGGAGACGAUCUCUCUCGAGCUGGAUGAGCCUCAAGUUUUUCAGCUUCUCAAGAACGGCGGCGGACUCUUCAUGGAUAUGAACAUGAGCCGCGCGGCCAGGAGCUUCAAAUGGCUGUCGCAGGACGACGGCGCCGACCUCGAAAGCGCGAGGAAAGCGCUCGAAAAGUGGGUGCCCCCCGGUCUUUAUCUCGAACUCCCCCUGCUCCUCACGACUUUCAUUCAGCUGCUCUGCGGCAAGGAGACUCCAAAAUGUUCAGUUUGCUGGCUAGCUGACGUCUGCAUCCACCGUCAGCGCGCCGCGCAGCAGCGGCAGCGCGGCGCAGGCCGUUCGCUCUCCCCCUCAGAAAACGCGACCAGCGGGGAACGCAGACGCGACGCCGAAGACGAAGUCUGCAAACGCAGAGAGCGAACCGCGCGCCGGAUGGGCGCCGACGCGGAGGUUGCGAGCCUGGUGCAGAGCGAGGGGAGCGGCGGACGCGGAGUAAUCGCUGGCGACGCGGCGCGCGAGACGCAGGCGGACGACGAGAAGGAAUCGCAGGCAGGCGAUGCAGAGGAAACAGACGAGAAGGAAGCGGGAGACGCCGAGGAAGAGUUUCCGCAGGCGAGACACAGAGGCGUCACGUGUGUGUCUGACUCUGACUCGAGCGUCGAGGAGUGCGUCGCGCGAGAAGAUGGACGAGCAGGCGAGCAAGACGAGGAGGAGGAGGAGCCUGUCAUGGUGCUGGGCGUGAGGGAGGCCUGGGAGUGA